CGACGAUGUUCUGUGGGUUGAAUGGCGAACCUUCCCUGGAGGCGAUCUCCCAUUUGGCUCGUACUUCGCGUAGCCCCGCAGUCCUCGCUUUUUGAAGGUGUUGACCAUGCUGAUUACAAACACAGAACUACAGAUGGCAGUGUGUCGAGGAGGGGAGCCGACCGCCGGGAUAGCGGUUGUACAAAAAGGGUGACCCCUGUCUGGCAAAAGCAAAAGUACACGGAAGAACCUACCAGUAAGCACGCCUAUUGAACGACUUAUUGGCAGAAGCUUGUGUCGUUAUCACGUUUACUGAAUAGAAAAAUCCUUGCCUUUGACACCUGAUGUGGACACUGAGCACGCUCUAAGGGAGUCCGGCGGCAUUUGCGACAGUGUACGUCAUCCAAGUUAGCGAGCGGGACGGACGUAGCAGCAGCGAAUUUCUGG